AUGCAAUCAAAUUCAAAAUAUUUUUUACCAAAAAUACUUAUUUUUAUUUUUUAUUUCUUGCCUUUUUUCACUUAUUUAAUUGCCUCUCAAUGGGCGGCAACAUCUCAAUUUACUCCCCAACAUUCUUCACAAUUUUCACCUCAACAACAAUUAUUGCUUCAACAACAACAACAAUCUUUGCUAAAUAAUAGACCCUUUCAAUAUCAGCGUCAUCAAAUACGCCCAUCAUUUUACGAUCCGGUACUUAAGGUUAAAUCACAUGUUGGUUAUUUACCUUCAUCUGCUAGUACAGGAACAUUUGUUAGAAUUGGCACAUCAGACCAAUCACUUCCUCUACAGAUUUUAGUUGAAGACAAAGAUUUGCAACCAGGUACUCCCUCUGCUGUAUAUCAAUAUGUUUUAAGUGGAUAUGGAGCUGAACGUUUUGCUGUAGAUCAUCAAGGAAAUCUUUAUUUAGCUGAUGCUACAAAUCUUGGAAUUUUAGAAACUCCAGAAUCAGAUAAGACAGAGAAUACUCCUUUUGUAUUGCAUGUUAUUGCUAAGGAAAUGGAUACAGAACCUAAACGGAAUAGCCUUCCAAUUAGCAUAAUUAUUCAAUUAAUUGAUAAUAAUAAUAAUAAAGAACAAAUGAAACAAAGAAAUUAUUAUUCAGAAGAAACACAUCCUUUAGAAGAAGAAAUUAAACAGUCAAUUUAUAUUGCUAAUGUUUCUGCUUUAGCAAUUGGUGAAAGGGCAAUUGCACAAAUAAAAGCAAGGGAAGAAGGGGAUGGAAAUGUUAUUUAUCGAAUAAUAGACGUAAGUGAUGGGGCAUUCUCUUCAUUUAGAUAUGAUGAGAUUAGCAAUGAAUUACGUGCUGUUGUAAUUGAAGCUAGGGAUUCUGAUGGAUUAGUUGGGCAUGCUGUUGUUUUAGUCCAAGCACUCCCAUCUUUCCCAACUAAUUCUCAAUUAGUUAAUAAUCAGUUGGUCUCUUCCCAACAACAACAAAAUUUAAAUAAAAUACCCACUUCAGAGGAAUUACUUGCUUCUCUCAAUUCUUUGUCUCAAGGAAGACAAAUUCCUGUUGAAGGACAACAACCGUCCUUGCCAUCACAAAAACAUUCUAAUUUGGAGCAAUUUAUUUCUGUUGAUUUAUCAGAAUUAACACCAAUUGGAACAUUUGUAACAGCUUUAGGAGGAGGAAUUACUUCUAAUAAUCAAUUCGAGCAGCCAGAAAGACAAUCUUCAAAAUAUUUUCGUUUAAUUGGAGAUGGGGAUGAAGGAAAAUUUAUUUUAGAACCAGAAAAUGGAAUUUUAUUUACUGGGGCUAAUUUGGAUAGAGAAAAGGAUAAAAUACAUAGAUUAAGAAUUGAGACGAGGUCACGCAUUCCAGUAGAUCAUUUACUUUAUUUAACAAAUGUAAAAGUUAAUGUACUUGAUGCGAAUGAUAAUGCUCCACAUUUUGUAGAUCCCCAACCUUUAAUUGUCCGUACACGUUUAGAUGAGUUAUCUCCAUUUUCCUUUCCACAAACAACAAAUUUACUUCUUGGCCGAAUAAAUGUUGCAGAUGCAGAUGAGGGAGAGAAUGCUCAUAUAAGCCUUAAAGUACUUCCCCCACUUGAUCGAACAUUAAUGGCAAUAGAUCACGGCCAACAACCCUUAGAGGCACGUGCUGUAGUAAGUGUACGUAUUGAUGGACGUGUUGGAUCUAAUGUGCAUGAAACAUUAAUUACUGGAGGUGAAAUUACAUCAAAAUCUUUAAAUUUACUUUUACCUUUUACAACUUCUGAGUCUCCAAAAAUUUUUAGUAAGAGAAAAGAAAUUUAUAGAAAAAUUUAUUUUAUUUUAGGCCAAACAAAUAAUAAUAACAAACAUUUACCUCCCCCACAAAUUUCUUCUUCUUCAAUUUCUUCCCAAUCUUCUUCUGCAACAGACAAUGAAAAUAUUAAUUCUCGUCAUUUAUCCAAUUCUAAACAAAUUUCUGACGAAUCUGCAGCUUUGGAAAGAAAUUAUGAAAGACAACUUUUUGGUGUACUUUCACGUGUUGGAAUGGCAAAAGAAAAGAAAAUUGAAGGUAAAAAAAUUAAAAUUAAAAUUUUAUUUAAAAAUAAAAAUAUAUCAAAAAUAAAAUUUCAAAAAAUAUAA